AUGUUAUCACAACUGGAAGCCGAACGCAAAGGCAGUCCUGUGUCUGCCCGUGACUUGGCGUACGUGCUGCACAAGAGCAAAAAGUCGGUGGAGAAACUGGAGCAACUGGAGCAACUGUUGGUACACGAUCCCGUAUUUAAUCAUGAAAACAUGAAUUACUUGACGCGCGGAGAGCAAUAUAAACGAGCGAUGCAAAUGUCGGCCAGAGUGGAGAUCAUUGCGUAUCGCAACCGUCUGAAUGAGACGGACACGGAGCAACUGCGUUGCAUUUUCCAGGGUAUCACGAGCUGCUCGGCCGCCACGACGUUGCACACGCUCAUGUUCAUUAAAAACCUGGGGCUGUUGUUUACAGACGAACAGCAGACGCAGUGGAUGAAGAUGGCCAAAAAGUGGCGCAUGAUUGGAUGCUACGCCCAGACGGAGAUGGGACAUGGAUCUAACGUGCGCGGACUUGAGACAACAGCCACGUACAUUCCUGCCACCGACGAGUUCGAGAUCCACUCACCUACGCUGACGUCUAUGAAAUGGUGGCCUGGUGCGUUGGCACGUACCGCCAACUUUGGAGUAGUAUAUGCGAGAUUGCUGCUUGGUGGCAAGGACUACGGCGUGCACAACUUUAUGGUACAGCUGCGUGACUUAAAGACACACGAGCCGAUGCCUGGUGUGAUGUUGGGUGACGUCGGUCCAAAGAUCGGAUUCAACAAUGUAGACAAUGGAUACUGUAGAUUCACUUGUGUUCGCAUCUCACGACAAAAUAUGGGCAUGAGAUUUGCAACUGUGACUCGAGAGGGAAGAUACAAAAAGAACUCGGGAGCUCCUCAGGAGGUGCUGUACUUCACCAUGUUGCAAACGCGGAUGGUGUUUAUUCGGUCAGCUGGUAUAAACUUAGCGAAAGCAUGCACCAUCGCUAUCCGUUACUCGGCUGUUCGACAGCAAGGCUAUGAUGCCAACAACCCGCAGUCCAAGGAGGAAUUGAGUGUGCUGGACUAUCAGACGCAGCAGUACCGUUUGCUCCCUCUCCUUGCUGCCGCGUACGCGAUCGUACUAACUGGGAACCGCGUGGAUCAGUUUGCUGCUACAUUGUCGGAACAAACGAAGCGUGGAGAUGUACAUUUGCUUACGGCGGGUCACGUGAUGAGUUGUGGACUAAAGGUCUUUACCACGGAUCUAGCCACUGCCGGCAUUGAAACUGCUCGUCGGGCUUGUGGUGGUCACGGCUAUCUGCUUUCAAGUGGCCUACCGAUUUUGCUGGGAGACGCGCUGCAGACUGUCACUACGGAAGGUGACAAUUUGGUGCUUUCCGUGCAGACCGCCCGCGCCCUGCUAAAAAUCCUGGCGUCGUACAAGAAAAAUGGUGCAGUGCCAGAAUCCAUGGCAUUCCUAGCAAAUAUCGACAAGUUGCCAAAUGUAAACCCUCGCACCAAGCGACAGUGGAUCGAGCCUCCAUGUUACGUUGCGGCCUUUGAGCAGCGCUUCCUGUACCAGCUUCGCUUCUACGCAAAGAAGAUUUCGACAGAGGCUUCUGUCACUGCUGGCUUGCAAAACAAUUCGAUGGACACUUUGAAGCUGACGAAUUCAUAUGCCAGCUUAGUUAUCGUCAAGACGUUUGCCGAAGCCGUGCAAACCUCAUCAACCCUUACUUCAGAAUCCAUUUCGUCACCUGCGGUUCUAAACGUCGUGCGCCUGCUGUGCCAUUUAUUCGCCCUCACGCAGCUGGAAGCUACCGCCGGAGAGUUCAUGGAGAGCGGGUGCGUUUUUACCAGUGAAAUGCCCAUCAUCCGUGCCAACAUCGAAGAGCUGCUCGCGUUGAUCCGCCCUCACGCCGUGACGCUCGUGGACGGCUUCAACUUCUCGGAUCACAUGCUGAACUCGACACUCGGUCGGUAUGACGGUAACGUAUACGAGGCUCUGUUCGAGUCUACGCAGCACGAUCCACUGAACCACUCGUCGGACAAGGUCGCGUUGUACGAGUUGUUACGGCCAAUUCGCGACGAAAUUUCACAGUCACGUCUGUAA